AUGCUGCGCGCGCUAGAUUUGUUUUCCCGUGAGUCCAUAGCGGCUAGUUUUUAACUGCCUGUGUUUUUCACUUUCAAAGUUUUCUUUAGCUUUUCGUAUAUGUUAUUAUGGACGUUUUUUCGUGACAUGCAGGCUUUCAUUCUUAGAUUUCGUGUUGGUGUGGGCCAUAAACAAACCUUUGCUGUUGUUUGGGUCGCCUGGAAAAGACACAACUCUAACUAACAUGUAUAAUAUUUUUAAGGAUGACGUUUGGAAAGCUCUUGUUUUCGAGCUGGGACCUCUUGACCCCAACUGGUUUGAGGUGCUGACAGCAGAAGCAUCUGUUAUUGAGGGAAGCCUGUCUGAUCAAGAGGAUCUUUGUGCGAAUCAAGAGGGAAACUCCAAGGAUACUCUAGAAAAACCUGCAGUGGAAAGUCAGCUCUUUUCUACCCCAAAGGUUUUCCGACACAGUCGAGUGGUGUCACCUCAAACUGAGGAUGAGCAGUCAUUCACAUUACCACAAGGUAAGGGAGCAUUGCCGUGGAGUAAAACCCAAAGCCCUUGUUUGUUUCAACUUACAACACAGGGUGUCUCGGGUGAAAAAUGCGACGUUUUUCAGCCUCAAAGUGACGACAGUUUUGAUUUACUAUCAACACCAAAUAAAUCAACAACCAGCUAUGCCAAGCACAUCUCUGAAAGUCUUGGUGCACAAAUAAACCCCGACAUUUCAUGGACCAGUUCUUUGAAUACACCACCAGCAGUUCCCUCCACCUUGAUUCUGUCUAGAGCCGAUAAUAAACCUUGUACAGGGAAUGCUCCCACAGACGGAAAUAUUGUAUUUGUACGAAAGCUUUUCCCUUCUCUCUCUAAGUCAUCUGCAAGCAAAGCAUCAAAAAACAAUGAUCCCAUUGCUUUUCAAGGUCCACAUUCCCCCAAAUUCGAUCCUGAGACUUUCUCAAACCAAGAAGAGCGUGUUUGGCAACAGAAGCUUCCAGACGCUAUUGAAGAUGGAGACGUUCGCAGCGCAGUAGCAGAUGUUCUUGAUGGAGCUGAAGAUGCCCUCUCUAUUUUCUUUGCUAAUAGUAGCUCAGCUCUGAGAAAAGUGAAGCCUGAGAGGACUAAACGAAAACAAAUCCUUCAGGCAAAAGAGAAUGCCUACAGCUCAAAAGAUGACUUGACUGGAAGCAAAGCCAGUUCGGAUGAAGAGGGAAACGGUCAUCUAGAACCGGGUGGAUGUAGCUUGUCUCCACUUUUGAAAAUGGGACAUGCUGCGACCAGCCAGUGGUCACCCCUGAGCUUAUCUGAAAUCCCACUUUGUUCAGUGGGAGGCAAUGUUGUACAAGAGCAACUGCAGGGAGAAGCUAAUUCAAGUCAAUUCUCAGGUCCAUCUAAGGAAAUCCAAAAUGCUGAAUUCCAGAGCAAAAAGAGAUUUGUUGACACAGUUGGGAUUCCAGAACCUCAGUCCAUGAAAAUAAAUUCAUCUGUUGAAAUUCCAUGUUCUGAAGGAUUGUGCGUCGGAAAGGUGGAGAGUGCACCAAACAAUACAGACUGCUGCAACGCAGGGAAGACUGAAGGACUCAAACAAAAUCAACCUGUGGAAGUGAAUCUGGUCGGCACGGUAAAAACUAACAUGUCGCAGCUUUGUAGAGAAUUUGCACAAGAUUUUAGCCAAAUACCUGAAUCUCGAGAUCACUUCUCGCCAUCGGCUUGUCUCUCAGCCAUGAAAAAAGCAAAACAGAAAGCAGGAGAAGGCAACCCUCACCAUCAGUGUAAUAGCAUCUCUAAUUCAAUGUUUCCCAUCUCUGAUGUUCCUGUAAACGACAGCGGCUUUCAUUCUGCCAUUGUAAACGGCACUAAUCUCACUGCAUCGUCGUUCUCAGAAAAUAUUGGCCUUAGUCGAACACAUACAGAGCUCAAAUCAGAGUUUCACACUGAAACUGUCUUUCCACCAACAAAGGCCUUUCCUGAAACCUGGCCUUCAGGUACUAAAGCUGACAUUGAGCUGAUCAGUGCAGAAACGUCUAAAGAAAAGGAGGUGGACCCUGGAAGAGCGAAUAAGUCUCCCACAGACGUCACUAUCCAGCAACCGAGUAGAACGGGUGAUAUUCACAGCAUUGCAAUAAAUGAUCCGAAACACGACGGACAGACAAAGAAAACAUCAACUUCUCUCCCUGCUGCGCAUUCACUAGGAUUCAAAACUGCUUCAAAUAAAGGGAUACACAUUUCCUCAGCCAGCCUAAAAAGAGCCAAGCAGAUCUUCAAAGAGACUGAAAGUGAAACGGCUUUUUAUGAUCAACCUACCACAUCUGAUUGUGACACUACAAAAAGAAGCACAAAUAAUAAAACUGGGAACAUUUCAACUUUUUCUUUAAAGCCAACUCAAACUUCGAUAACAGAAACAUUUGGUAGCAUCACCCCCCAGCUAACUGCAUCACAAACAGACGAUGUGACUGAACUUUGUUCUCUCCUGGAACAAACAGACAGCCAGUUUGAACUGACACCUUUCAAAACCCUAAAAGCAAAGCAACAAGACGAUGGAAACUCACCACAAAAAGCUGACAAAGAACUGGACCCUGAUUUUCUUGCUGGCAUAGAUUUUGAUGAUAGUUUUAGUUCAGAUUUAUUACAAUGUGCAAGAAACGAAAACAUAUCUCCCUCCUUAAAGGACAACUGUCAAGACGAGGCAUCUGUUGUUUCAGAUGAUCCACAAAGAGCGGUGCAGGCUAGCAAACUACAAAGCAAGGUGUCUGGUGUUGCUUUUAAGACUGCUGGAGGAAAAGUUUUAAGAGUUUCCGACAAGUGUCUAAGCAAAGCUAAGGCUUUGUUUGCGGAUUUGGAUGGGUUUACGACAAAUCGAGAGUCAUCAAGCAACAAAAGCACAGAAAUUGGUUUCAACACCAAACAAAAAUGCGCCAUGGAUCCAAGUAGGUGCACGAAGAAUCCAACAUAUACAGUCAAAGAGGAUGUUCAUGCUGAAAGAGUUGGGAAUUGUUUUAAAAACCACGAAGAGUUAGCUUCUGAGAAUGAAAAGCCUCAGACUCCUAAACAACAUGUCAGUGGAUGCUCUGUGACUGAAAACGCCAAACUGCUACCAUGUCGCAUAAAAGAACCACACCUGGAAAUGGUGAAGGUGGAUAGCAACCAACUGAAGGCUUUGAAAAUGACUGCUCCUUUUCAUAGAAACUCAUUUUCUGCUUCAAAGCCAGAUCCUUCCCUGCUGUGCAUUACUUCAAAGACUAUUGACUCUAAUGAGAACUGCCCUGCUGCUGCUGCUGCUGCUGGAUUUUGUACUGCAGGUGGGAAAAAAGGUUUUGUGUCAACGGACAAAAUGGAAUAUUGUGAAUACCUUUUGAAAGAAAUCCAUACACCUGAGAAUGGAAAAGGACAAUUGGAGGAAAACAAGAGUACAUCAAAGGCAGCAAAUCCUACUGAUCAGGGUUUGCAGCCAAAAAUAUGUGGAUUUCAGACAGCUGGUGGGAAAGAACUUACUGUGUCGUUUGCAGCUUUGAAGAAAGCACAAGAACUGUUCAGUGAAAAUGAAGGAGUCAACGAAAAAAAACGUGUUUUAAUACUUCCUUCAAGGAUUCCAAGUACUGAGUCUUCUGGGUUUUGUACAGCAAAUGGUAAAUCUGUGGGUUUCUCAUCUCAGGCUCUACAGAAGGCUAAGGCGUUCUUCAGCGACAUUAGCGUGAAUACAGUUCAGCCCGGUGUUUCAGACGCAGGAACCGUAAAGAAACACAAAGAUGUCCCAUGCAACGGGGAGAAAAUGUAUUCUGCUUUCACAGCUUCAAAUGAAGCAGAUGCCUACGCGUCAGAGGAGCAUCAGUUAAAAUCAAAGCAUCUUUUAAAGGACUUUGACUUGGUUUCAGACAAGGAAAUGCAAGAGGCAGAUGUGUUCUUGGAAAACGAUGUGUGUGUUGAAAAUGCAGUAUUUCCAAAAGAUCAGGAGUGUCAACCUCCUCUUAGUGAGAUGGGCAAUGAGAAGAUAUCUAACCCAGGUCAAAGAGCAACUCUGAACUUUUCUGAGCCUGUAAGCGGAUGUCCGGAAGACCUGUUAUCCUUUCAAAAGGUUGGAUUUCAGACUGCAGGUGGAGCAAAAGUUCAUGUGUCAACAACAAACUUAAUAAAGGCAAAACACCUCUUUAAAGACUUGGAUGAUUUGGUUUCAGACAAAGAGAUGCAAGAGGCAGAUGUGUUGUUGAAAAGCGAUGUAGAUGCAGAAAAUGGAGUAUUUCCAAAAGAUCAGGAGUGUCAACCUCCUCUUAGUGAGACGGGCAAUGAGGAGACGAGGUCUGAUCCAGGUCAAAGAGAAAGUCUCAACUUUUCUGAACCUGUAAGUGGAUGUCCAGAAGACCAAAAUGUGGACAUGUUAUCCUUUCAAAAUGUUGGAUUUCAGACUGCAGGUGGAGCAAAAGUUCAUGUGUCAACAACAAACUUAAUAAAGGCAAAACACCUCUUUAAAGACUUGGAUGAUUUGGUUUCAGACAAAGAGAUGCAAGAGGCAGAUGUGUUGUUGAAAAGCGAUGUAGAUGCAAAAAAUGGAGUAUUUCCAAAAGAUCAGGAGUGUCAACCUCCUCUUAGUGAGACGGGCAAUGAGGAGACGAGGUCUGAUCCAGGUCAAAGAGAAAGUCUCAACUUUUCUGAACCUGUAAGUGGAUGUCCAGAAGACCAAAAUGUGGACAUGUUAUCCUUUCAAAAUGUUGGAUUUCAGACUGCAGGUGGAGCAAAAGUUCAUGUGUUCAGUUUCAGUGGAAAUAAAGCAGACAUUUCCCAGAAAUGGACGACUGAACGGAAUCAAGACAAAGUUGAUGACAAAGACAAAAUACAUUUUGGCUUCCAAACUGCAGGUGGAGCAAAGGUUCAUGUAUCAAAAACAAACCUAAUAAAGGCAAAACACCUCUUUAAAAACUUGGAUGAUUUGGUUUCAGACAAAGAAUUGCAAGAGGCUGAUGUGUUGUUAGAAAAUGUUGAUGUGGAUGCAGAAAAUGCAGUAUUAACAAAAGAUCAGGAGUGCCAGCUUCCUCUUAGUGAGGGGGCCAAUGAGAUGGUAAGAUCUAGUCCAGAUGAAAGGGGAAGUGGACCUUCUGAGGACACAAACCAAAGAAUUCUUCCAAAUGUGGACUUGUUAUCCUUUCAAAAUGUCGGAUUCCAGACUGCAAAUGGAAAGGCAGUCACAUUCUCAUCUGAAUCUCUCAGAAAAGCAAAAUCUAUGUUUAAUGGAUGUGAAGCACCUGCAGACAAAACGCUCCCAACACCACUGCAAUCCAAGGCCAGUGUCCUGCCCUUCAGGGGAGGAUUUUGUUCAGCAAGUGGGACGCCUGCAUCAGUGUCAUCUGAGGCCGUUUCCAAAGCUAAAAGUCUGUUCAGUGACAUCAGUUUAAGUGGAAAUAAAGCAGACGUUUCCCAGACAUGGACAACUGAACAGAAUCGAGACAAAGUUGAUGACAAAGAAAAAAUACAUCUUGGCUUCCAAACUGCCGGUGGAGCAAAAGUUCAUGUGUCUAAAAAGAACUUAAUAAAGGCAAAACACCUCUUUAAAGAUGAGGAUGAUUCAGCUUUAAAGGCUGCACAAAGGACAGACUUUAGUUUGUACAACAGCAGUGAAACAUCGUCACCUUUGAGGAAAACUACCGGGCUGACUGCUGAUCUUUCCAAACAAGAUCAGAGAAUAAUGGUGAACCCCUCUGAGGGCCCUGCAGAUGGAUGGACUGAAAGCAAAACCACAUCAGUAAAAGAAAAGGCGAAUGUUCUGCUGCACCAGAACGCAGGCUUUCAGACGGCCAGUGGAAACGCAGUCGUAGUUUCAAGUGAAGCCCUAAAAAGAGCAAAAGCCCUGCUCAGUGAAGGGGAAGAAGUUGCAACUCCUCCUCUUUGCAAGAUUCCAGUCUCUGCUUCAAGUGGGUUUUUUGCAGCAAGUGGAAAAGCUGUGACUUUCUCAUCGAAGGCCUUACAGAAAGCGAAAAGUCUUUUCAGUGACAUCAGAGCCGAUGGCCCUGAUUUUACAGACACAAGGAGCGUCAAGCAGAAACAAGAAGAUGCCCCAGGCUUGAAAGACAAAAUGCUCUGUGGCUUUACAUCUGCAGGAGGAAGAGUAUGUGUGGCAGAGAGAAGUCCAGCAAAAACAGACAAUCUUGUGGCGGAAGUUGCUGAUGAUUGUCGCUCUGACUCCUCUGGCUUCAAAAAAUUGGAUCUAUUUAAUGUAAAAGAUGUACGUAGAAGUUCAGAUGUGGAUCUUUCCAAUUUGGCUCCAUCAGAGGCUGCUGUUCAAAGUGAGAACUACAAACCGGAAACGUCACACGUGAUGGUCUGCAACUCACAUCAUGAAAGCGGCAGCAACACAUCUAGAAACACAAGAGCUGAGGAGUCUUCAGCUCUGAUCUUUCAGUCCCUGAACCUCACCGGCUGCACAGAAACCCAGCACAGGCUUCUGGCCCAGGAGGCUUUGGACUGCACAAAGGCUUUGCUGGAAGACGAGGAUCUGGCUUGCCUACGCUUCUCUCCUGCUUCACAAAAUGCACUAAAGCAAGAUUACCCACAAACCACCAGUGGGACUGAAGCAGAAGAAAAAGGACCAAGAAAAAGAUUGAUUGGGGAUCCAGAUCCAACUGGUCAGCCUCCUCUAAAAAGACAAUUACUGGAAGAAUUUAACCAGACUGAUGAUGGUUCAAAAGACUCAGCACUCCAGCCUGUGAAAAGCUGUCCUCUUGGUUUAAUGAAGGACAGAGGAGUUUUCAAGUACAGUUCAAGUCUUUAUCCAAACAUCACAAAACCUCACUACAACGGAAAAACCAAAACAACAACAGUACAACCUUUAACGCCAGACGACAGCAGAUCGACUCGUCCCAAAAUGAGCCCUUUUGUUCCUCCAUUUCAUAAAAAUGCCAGGUCAGACGCUAGCAAGACGACAGUGAUUCAACAAGCCACGAGAACGCCAGUGUUUGUUCCACCAUUGAAAAAACAAAGAGCUGUCCUACAGGGGGAAAAGGAUCAGAAUACCAACCAGCUUCCAUCUGUGACAGAAUCUAACAGCAUCUCUCAUGUUCCUUCCACUAUAAACGCCCAAGAAUGCAGCAGUGCCCUUUCUAUUGUCAACACUCACCCUAAUAAUAAGACAAACAAUCCAAAUGUUGAUGUCAAUGGUGGGUCGGUCUGCUUUGAGUCCCAUGCUGUUCCAGCAUUUUCUAAAGUUUUUCUGAACACCGAGCUCGGACGGGACAUGCAGGACAUGCGGAUCAGGAAGAAGAAGCGCCAGAACAUUCGGCCUCUUCAAGGCAGCCUGUUUCUGACAAAAACCUCAGGAGUGGCAAAGAUCCCGCUGAAAGAUGCAGUGAAUGGAAAAGUCCCGGCGAGAUGCCCUCCGGAGCAGCUUUACAGAUAUGGCGUCCAUCGGCAAGUUUCAGGGAUCACAAGCGAAACCGCCGAGUCUUUUCGCUUUGAUUUGCUGCACUUUUUCAAACAAGACGUUUUGAUUGAUGAAGGUGGGGUUAAGCUAGCCGAUGGAGGCUGCUUGAUACCCAGCAAAGACGGGACAGCAGGGAAAGAAGAAUUCUUUCGAGCUUUGUGUGACACUCCCGGAGUGGAUCCUAAACUGAUCACUGAAGCAUGGGGGUACAAUCACUACAAAUGGAUCAUCUGGAAGCAGGCCUCUAUGGAAAAAUCCUUUCCAGAAAGGAUGGGGGGCAUCUGUCUCACUCCAGAGCAGGUUCUACUGCAGCUGAAGUACAGAUAUGACGUGGAGGUCGACCACAGUCGCCGGCCCGCUCUUAGGAAGAUCACGGAAAAGGACGACACGGCAGCCAAAACGCUCGUCCUUUGUGUUUGUGGGAUCGCCUCCAAAGGAGGUGGAGCGAGCGGCUCAGAAAGUUCGGAUCCCAAGACGCAGGCUCCAACUGCAGUUGUUUGGCUGACCGAUGGAUGGUACGCCAUUAAAGCCCAGCUGGACCAACCUUUGACAGCCAUGCUGAACAAGGGCCUCCUGGCUGUUGGGGGUAAAUUGAUCACCCAUGGGGCCCAGCUGGUGGGGUCACAGGAUGCUUGUCCCCCUCUGGAAGCACCUGAGUCGCUCAUGCUAAAGAUUUGUGCCAAUAGCACCAGACGGGCACGGUGGGAUACAAAACUGGGAUUCCACAGAGAUCCCCGACCAUUCCUGCUUCCAAUCGCUUCUUUGUUUAGCAACGGAGGGCCGGUAGGAUGUGCUGACGUCGUCGUACUGAGAAGCUACCCUGUACAGUGGAUGGAGAGAAAAGCGGAUGGAGGCGUCGUGUUCCGGACGACCCGAGCAGAAGAGAAAGAAGCCAGGCGAUUUGAUGAAAUGAAGCAUAAAGCAAUGGAAGUGCUGUUUGCUAAGGUCCAAGCUGAAUUUGAAAACGAGGAGAGAGAGAAAAACAAGUCUCUGCGACGAAAGCAGAAUCUGGACGUUGCAAAGUUGCAGGAUGGCGAGGAGCUGCAUGCAGCUGUGGGAGAUGACCCAACUUACCUCGAGGCUCAUUUAAGUGAACAACAGCUGCAGACUCUUCACGCCUACAAACGUUCACUGAUGGAGAGGAAGCAGGCCGAGCUGCAGGAUCGUUAUCAUCGAGCUUUGGAAGAAGACGACCAAGAAAUCAAAUGUCCAAAAAGAGACGUGACUCCGGUGUGGAGACUUAGUGUUGCUGACUCUUUGGGCCCACCCAGCUGUGUUUACCAGCUGAGUCUCUGGCGACCUUCCUCAGAUGUCGAGUCUUUAUUGAAGGAAGGUGGUCGAUACAAAGUUUAUAACCUCGCCACUGCAGAAGGAAAGAAGAGAAGCAGCCAUGAAACCGUUCAGCUCACUGGAACCAAGAAAACACAGUUCCAGGUCCUGCAGGCAUCACAGCAAUGGAUGUCAGAACGUUUUCAACCAAGGGUCUCCACAGACUUUGAGAGUCUUCAGAAUCCAGAUUUCCGACCUCUGUGCGGAGAGGUGGAUCUCUCCGGAUAUGUCGUCAGUGUCAUAGAUGCACAGGGUUCCUCUCCUGCGUUUUAUCUGGCUGACGGGAAACUGAACUUGGUGAAGAUCCGCUGCUUUAGUAGCCUGUCCCAAACCGGCCUGGAGGAUGUGGUCAAACCACGUGUCCUGUUGGCUCUAAGCAACCUCCAGCUCAGGGGUCAGUCCAUGUUCCCCACUCCUGUUGUGUAUGCUGGAGAUCUGACGCUCUUCUCCAUAAACCCCAAAGAAGGUCAUCUACAGGAAUCCCUCAGCCAGUUAAAGAACGCUAUUCAGCAUGAAGCAAACUUUCAUGUAAACGCCGAAGAGAAACUAUCACAUUUGAUCAAAUCUGGUCGCUCCAGUUUUGUCUCCCCUAUGACUGUGAAACAGCAAACUCUGCCUUUGUCGUCUGACAAAAAGGACCAAUCAAAGGUUACAUUACAGAAACCAAUCAGAAGCCCGGGAUCCGUCACUCCCGUCAGUAAAAACCCUCAAGCAGAAACAUCUUCAACAAAAAAAGACCCCAAAAUCCUAAAAAGAAGAAGAGCUUUAGAUUAUCUGUCUCGCAUCCCCUCUCCACCACCUCUCUCAGUUCUGGACUCCGUUUCAUCUCCAUGUGUAAAAAAAACCUUCAACCCUCCUCGGAGAUCUGGAACAGCCAACGAGUUCAGAACGGAAAAAGCUAUAAAGCCCACAGACUCACUGGUUGAGGAUCAGUGGGUGAAUGAUGAAGAACUGGUUAUGAUUGACGCUCAGGCACUACAUGUUGGUGGCUUAAUGUAAGUUCUCUGUAUUCAGACAAGAUGCUUUUAAAAAUACAUUUAAAACUGUACAAAUUGUAAAUAUAAUGAUUGAAGUUUAUGUAAAUGUUGUUUUAUCUUCAAAUUUGAUGCAUUAAAGUGUUGAAACUGAUUUGCAUUUUUAAUAUCA